AAAAUAAAUUUCUUCUGUCAAAAUCACACUGAACAUAACCUCAACUUAGUUAAGUAACCGAACGUGUGAAGCUCUAAAUUGUUUAAUUAAUAUAAAAUAUAAAUUAAAUCAUUAUUUAUUGAUGUCAUGGGUAAAACUAUAUCGAAAAUUAUAACGAAACCAAUACGAGAAUUUAAUAUAGAAAGUAGAGCUCAUAAAGUUAUUUCUCAACCAAAACCAACUCCAGCACCUAAAUACAAAUCAGAUGAAUUAAGUUACCAACAAAUGCUUAAAAAUCAACCUGAAGAAUUCAAAAAGGCUUUAGAGAAAGACGAUGGUUUAGAUAAACGUUUAAAAGAUGUAUUUAUUAGAUCUCAUGAUCCAAUGGUUAAACAUGAAUCGCAAGGCACAACAAACCCUGAUAGACCUUUACCUACUUCUAGAACGUACGUAGAUAGUGGAGAUUAUGGAUUUUACGAACCUAAAAAAGUGCCUUUGGGGCGAGUUACAUUGAGAAAUGUGGUUAAAUUUAUAUCUGAUCAUCAAAGCGAUAAAAAAACAUUUAGUGCUAGUAAAAUAGCUGAACAGUAUUUACUUCCAGAAGAUACAACAAAUCACAUAUUGAAGUAUUACAAAAUGUACGAAGUUUAUAUUCCUCAAGAACGAGAUGUAAAAGCAAAAUUUGCGGGGCCCACGGUGGCUCGAAAGAAAAUUACAGUACACAACAAAUUAAAAAUGUUGGACUUUAAAGAUAAAAAAAACGAUAAAUAGUUGUUAAUUAAAUGUGUUUAGAUUGGUGUUAAAUAUAAUAAUAGAA